CAUACACACACACAUAUAUAUAAAGAGAAGACACGGGAAAAGCCUUAUUUAACUCUCUUACACCAUGUCUGAAAUCAACCUGUCGAACAUUAAGCACAUUGUCCUUAUCCUUUCAGGAAAGGGUGGUGUUGGAAAGUCAUCGGUAACAACACAGCUUGCUCUUGGCUUAGUACAAAAGGGAUUCAAGGUUGGUGUUCUUGACAUUGACCUGACAGGUCCCAGCAUUCCUCGAAUGCUCGGUCUAGAUGGCAAGCAGGUUCACCAAGCUUCUCAGGGUUGGGUACCCGUAUAUGCAGAUGAGCAACAACGUUUGUCAUGCAUGUCAAUCGGAUUUUUGUUGAGCAGCAAAAACGAUUCUGUCGUUUGGAGAGGACCCAAGAAAAAUGCCAUGAUCAAACAGUUUUUACAGGACGUAUAUUGGGGUGAACUCGAUUACCUGCUGAUUGACACUCCUCCAGGAACAUCGGACGAACAUAUUAGCAUUGUCGAAUAUUUAAAAUCCUUUGAACCUGACGGUGCUGUUAUUGUGACCACACCUCAAAACGUGGCUAUUGCUGAUGUACGAAAAGAGAUCUCGUUUUGUCGCAAGGUUAAACUUCCUAUUCUCGGUGUAGUGGAAAAUAUGAGUGGCUUUGUGUGCCCUCACUGCGCAGAUUGUACCAACAUCUUCUCAUCGGGCGGUGGAGAGUCGAUGGCUAAUGAAUACGGAAUCGAUUUCUUUGGUCGUGUUCCAAUCGACCCAGGAUUCACUAGCAUGGUUGAGGCAGAAGGAGACGGCUCAUAUGUAAAGUCAUUCUCAAAGUCCAACUUGUUUCCUGUCUUCCAAGAAAUAUGUGACAAAGUAAUAACCAAGACGUCAAAGGCUUGAAUAACAGCACAGGCAACUCUAUAUAUGGGAAGAAAUAUGCUGAGCCCACUCUUGUACACUUUCUACUCAUUCUCGUCACGCACAACCAUUCAAAUAAAAAGUGGUGUGUGUAUAUAUAAAAUGAAAUAAAAUAAAAAUUGAAUAAAUGAAUGAAUGAAUGACUCCUCUC